CUUGGAGGUGGCAGCCGGUUUCAACCUUGGAACUUAAACAUGGCCUUGGAAUUUGGGUUAUGGUACUUCGGCUCGUCCACCGUGCAAUUUCGCGAAUGAGGAAAAUUUCAGACUCACAAGUGCGAACCUUUCGCUCGAAGGAAGAACGGAAAGCUCUCCAAAAGAGUUCGGCCAAGGCAAGGGAGCAAGAAAGGAAGCGCGCACUGACAGAUUUUGCUCACUAUGAAAACUCAGACAUAAGUGAUUAUUAUUUUUGCGAUGGGUUUCGAAAGGUUUUUCCUUAUUACUUUGUGUUCAAAGCUUAUGCGAAACGUCGGUGGCUGGCGCGGUCACUGCGAGAUGUUUUAUUAGAUGAAUUCACCUUCCCGUCAGCAGAUCUGAUUACUGAGCGAUGUCGUCUAGGUGAUAUAAGAGUAAACGAUACCUUAGUUUCUGAAGAUUACAUCCUGAAGGACACAGACCUUAUCUCCCACAAAGUGCAUCGCCAUGAGCUGCCCGUUUUGGAUACACCUCCAAUCUUCGUGCACGAAGAUGACGACGUCUUGGUGGUCGUGAAACCAGCCUCCGUUCCCGUUCAUCCUUGCGGCCAGUAUACUCUAAACAGCAUGGUGCACAUUCUGGCUAAAGAUUACGGAUUUCGUCCGCUGAGGUUUAUACAUCGGCUUGACAGGAUGACCUCCGGCCUUCUCAUUAUUGCGAAGAACUAUGACGCAUCUCUUCGUCUUACAACUCAGAUCAAUGAACGUCAGGUAAAGAAGUUUUACCUAUGUCAAGUUGACGGAUUCUUCCUCUGUCAAGGCUCAGACUCCUCUGACGACCUUCCCGCUGGUGUGGUUGUGUGCAGUCAACCGCUAGGCCCUUUGUCCUGCAAACUCGGUGUUUAUGCAGUUUUACCGGAGAAUGCUGGAGGAAAGUCCGCUGUUACUCAUUUCAUACGUUUAACGUAUGACAAAGCGACGGAUAGAAGCUUAGUCUUAUGUCGUCUUUUCACAGGUCGUACACACCAGAUACGAGUUCACGCGCAAUUUCUCGGCCACCCGCUUGUCAACGACCCACUGUACAAUUCGACUGUUUGGGGAGAUCAGAAAGGCAAGGGUGCUCAAUACGACGUUCCAGCUGAUGAAGUGGUCCGGCGCAUUUCUAAUCACAGAUCCAUAUCUGCUUACAUAGAAAACGAGGAGGUACGGACAUAUUUUGAAAAGUGAACCGGAUCGACACAACUCCACUAGCAAUAGUGCGAGUUUAAUUUGUGCUUCUCCAGUGCACUCGGGUUUUUUUCACACGCGUCACUCACUUCCUUUUCCACUACAGACUGAACCUGGGCAUGAAACCACCCCACCCUUAGAACGAUUCAAGGCUCGAAUUGACAGGUGUUGUUCAAUAAACUCGUCCGCUCGGGACCGCCUGUUGCAGUCAUUCGAUCCCACUUGUCCGGAGUGCCAACUUUCGUUCAAGAAUCCGACAAUGAACAACCUUGUCUUGAGGCUCCAUGCAUAUCGGUACGCCGCACCGGAUUGGUGCUAUACGGCGCCUUUACCAACUUGGGCAACAGCCUCUCCCGGUGAGGAUUUGUCUGCCACCGUGGCAGCCGCGAUGGACGCGCUAGCAUAAAGCGAGGUUAAAAAUUUAAAGUACAGUUUGUAUCAAAGCCAUUAUUGAAACAUACGUUUAAAUUGUGCAUAGAAAAAUGGGUUUUCACUCUG